CGGUAGUAAUUUGAAUCACGGCAUUCGAACAUAACAAAAUAGCUCGCGAAGUCCCCGGCAUUCACGCUGGCAAGACACAUUUUCAAACUCAGACAUCAGUUCCUUGCAUCAUCGCAUUUCAUAUCAACACGUUUCGUCAGCAAAAUGACAGGCACCAUACCGCUUUACCAACGGGACGAGUCGCUACGGAGCCACAUCACCAAAGUGAGGUCGGUGCGACCCGUGUCGGCCCUCUCUGACGAGAACAAGCUGCUGUUCAAACAGGCUACCGCCCAAGACCUGGUGGUAGUGACGGCCGAGACCAUCUUCUACGCCCAGGGCGGCGGCCAACCCUACGACACGGGCGUCAUGCGAGGCAGCACCGGGGCCGAGUUCCGCGUCACUGCCGUGCGCAACGCCGUCGACGGCGGCGAGAUCCUCCACCUGGGCAGCUUCGCCGGCCUCACGCAGUUUGUGGACGGCGAGGAGGCCGUCGAGCAGGUAGUCGACGACGCGCGCCGCACUCUACACUCGCGAGUGCACACGGCCGGACACUUGGUCGCGCUCGCGGUGCGGCACAUGGCCGACAGCAUGCCCGCGCCGGUGGUGGAGCUGGGGGCUUCGCACGCACCCGAGAGCGCCUUUGUGAACUUUGAGGGCACCAUCGACGGGUCGUGCAAGGACGUAGUGCAGCGCAAGGUCGACGAGUUCGUCGCGGCCGCGCUGCCGGUCAAGGUCUACUUUUGGACAGAGGAGGAACUUAGAGCGAGGUGUGCCACCGUCCCACAGGCGGUUGUCAUGCCCAGCGACGGCGGGCUGGUGCGGGCCGUGGAUAUCGAGGGCGCUGGGGCGUACCCGUGUGGUGGGACGCAUGUGCGGGACACGGGGCUCGUGGGCAGGGUUACGGUGAAGAAAAUUUCGAGGUCCAAAGGGAACAGUAGGGUUUCGUACAGUAUAGAGUAA